CUCAAUUAAGCAAAUAGAAUUUAUCAUGUAGAGAAGUCCAUCAGUGGUGGUUGUGCUUGCACACUACAGGAAAAAUCACCAGCCUAUGUGCGCUCCCACAGUCCCAGUCACCAGAUAGGCCGACGCUUCCUCCUAUAGUGUGCAAGCACAAACAAUCAUACGGCUAUGUGAACUGAAAACUAAAAAAAGUUAUGGCUCCGGGAAGGCAGGGAAUAAAAAACUGAAAGUCUCUGCAUUAAGAAGGGGUUAAAGAUAAUUUUUCCUUUUUUCUUCUCUUUAUGAUAUGUGAAAUAUGAAUGAGACACCUCAGAAAAUGCAACUGUUGAAACCCCUCCAACUGCCUGAGUAAAGGUGCUGUGGCUUAGUCAGUGAGGUUAUCUCAUGAUUAAUAUAAAAAAUAAAAAUCAGAUAUCAUAAGAGUACAUGGAUCCAGAGAUCUCCACAUUUCUUGCUCCAGUUACUUCACUAGAUUUUUCUUGAAGCUGGGAGGUCUGGGGUGUGUCCUUUCUGCUGUAGCUCUCUCUGUGACAGCCUCCAACAGUAGAUAUGGCUGGUGACUGUUAAAGGAUGGAAUUGAGCAUGUGCGCCCACCGCAUUGAGGUGUACAGAGAAAUAAGGAAAAUAAUAAACAGCAGGUGGCGCUAGACCAAUAGAAUUUAUAACUCAGUGGCCUGAAUAACAUUUUUAAUGACGUGCCAUUACAAAAGUAUUCAGAUCCAGGUGCUGGUUUAAAAAAUAGAAUAUUUUUUGUGUGAAUUUUUUCCCCCCUUAAGUGAGGAAAAUUGGCUUUUACCUCGCAUUUUUUUUUUUGCCUUCCUCUGGAUCAACUUGCAGGAUGACAGGCCGAACUGGAUGGACAAAUGUCUUUUUUCACCCUUAUAUACUAUGUUACUAUGUUACAACCCCUUUCAUAUGUUUUAGUAGGGACAUACCUGUUGACUAACUGCCGGUUUAAUAAAUGAAACCUCUGUCCUUCAGGACCAAAUUAUUGCUUUUGCAUGAAUUUAAAUGAAAAUGUCUGGGGAACAGCGAAAGCUUCCCAACUGGAUGUCUGAACAGGAUACUCACGGUACAAGUAAGGCUAAGAAGAAUUGCUCCUUGAAGAAGAACAUUUUAGAAGAUAAUCUCCCGUUCCUGAAAUUCAGUGGCUCAAUUGUCUAUAGUUAUGAAGCACAGGAGUGUUCUUUCUUUUCGGAGUACAUCAGAGAGAGACUUUCCAAAGAAGCUGUGCUUGGAUUUGACAUUGAGUGGCCCCCUGCUUAUAGAAAGGGUAAAAAUGGAAAGGUCUCCCUCAUCCAAGUGUGCACUUCAGAAGAGGAAUGCUAUUUAUUUCAGGUUUCAUCCAUGACAGGUUUUCCUAAGGGUCUGAAGAGGCUGCUUGAAGACAUGUCUAUAAAGAAGGUUGGAGUUGGUAUUGAAGGUGACCAAUGGAAGUUAAUGAGCGACUGUGAUCUGAAGUUAAAAGGAUUCAUCGAACUUACUGAUUUAGCAAACCAAAAGCUUCAGUGUAAGGAAAAGUGGAGUUUGAAUGGCUUGGUCAAACACCUCUUCAACAAGCAGCUUCUGAAAGAUGACUCUGUGCGUUGCAGUGACUGGAACAGAUUUCCCCUCAGUGAAGAGCAGAAGCUCUAUGCUGCCUCAGAUGCAUAUGCUGGACUUCUGAUUUACCAAAAGUUGGAGAGCUUGGAUGAAAAGGAGAAACUUGUUUUAUCUAUCCCCACAGGAUUGAGUUCUGGAUCAUGUGAAGUGAAAAACAAGUUGAACAGUCUGUCACAGGAGCUCCUAGUUCUGGUGGAUCAGGUCCCUGGUAAUUUUGAGGACUCUAGAGAAGCAGAAAGAGCUGUACAUAUUCUCGAUAAGCUUUCUUCGGGCCUGGAAGAUUUAAGAAACAUUCUAGUGUCUUCCAAAGAACAGGAAAAUGGCACAGAAGGUGAACAUUUGUCGCAGGAUGAGACCAAUUCAGCAAGCAUGGAAGACUGCCAUGCUCAGAGGAAAAGCAGCAAGCGUACUGAGGGCAUGGUUACUGUACCUAAAGAUACUUUACAUCAACCAUUACACUCGAAGCAAGGGUUGACUAUAGAUGAACUUAACAUGAUUGUGCAAGAAGAGCAUGAAGACCCGAUAAUGUUUGAUGAGAAGUUUAUGGAUAUCGGUACAGAUGGUUUUUACCAGCUGGGGGAGUGUCCUGCACUGUCUAACACUAUCAAAUCAGUGCUGCCAGUGUCAGACUGGACAGGAACACCCCCGCAGCCAGUAACUCCCAUCUGGUUAACGGCCACUCCGCAAACCUCGGUAGCUCUACGUUACUACUUCCUCUCAUCUAUGUUGAUGCAGGAUGGGGACACAGGACGGGAUAACGCGUUCCUGGUCCCCCGUGGAGUGCCCGCCACCGUCUUGGGGACGCUGCCUCCAUUUUCCCCCAAGAAGACAAGUGGAUCCGGGCUCGACCUGUUAGCUCCGGCAUCCUACCAGCCCCUGGGUCACCUGCUGCUGCCCUCCAUCCAGAGCACUGUACUCAGAACUAGUUAUAUAUUUGAUGAUGAUGAAGAGUUUGAGACUGAGAUGCUCAAGUCUGUAGAGAUCCUGGAUAAAAGCCCAGAAUCAUUCUCCACUAGCUUUCCACAAACACUUGUACCGAGUAGUAAAGUAGACCAUAAUGCAGUGGAUGAGGAAGAAGAUGAAGGUAUAGAAGAGGAGGAGGAAGAUGAUUGGGAUCCAGCUCUUCCCGAACCUAAUGUGCAUCAAAUUUCUUGCUUGAAAACGUAUUUUGGCCAUUCAAGUUUUAAACCGGUCCAAUGGAAAGUUAUUAAUUCCAUUUUAAAAGAGAGGCGGGACAACCUUGUUGUCAUGGCGACAGGUUAUGGAAAGAGUCUGUGUUAUCAGUUUGCUCCGGUUUAUACUUCCUGCAUUGGCAUUGUGAUCUCACCGCUUAUUUCUCUCAUGGAAGACCAAGUAUUACAGCUUACCAUGUCAAAUAUUCCAGCCUGUUUCCUUGGCUCAGCACAGUCUAAAAACGUCAUGCAUGAUGUGAAAGGAGGAAAAUUUAAAGUCAUUUAUAUGACACCUGAAUUUUGUUCUGUCGGGAUCUCUUUGCUGCAGGAGCUAGAUAACAAUUUUGGUAUAAGCCUUAUUGCCGUUGAUGAGGCACAUUGUAUUUCUGAAUGGGGGCAUGAUUUCAGGAGUGCUUAUCGGAGCCUUGGAAACCUCAAGCGAUUACUGCCUUCGGUGCCUGUGAUAGCUUUGACAGCAACGGCAAGCCCCUCGGUACGCAAUGACAUUCUAGCAUCUUUACACCUGCAUGACCCACAGAUCACCUGUACAAGCUUUGAUCGUCCAAACCUGUACCUAGAAGUAGCACGGAAGACAUCAAAUAUGGCUCGAGAUCUUCAACAAUUUCUCAUUAAAAAGCAUGGGCCUGGCUGGGAAUUUGAAGGUGCUGCUAUUGUCUACUGCCCAUCCAGGAAGACAUCAGAACAGGUCACUGCAGAAUUGUCUAAGCUGGGCAUUUCUUGUGAUACUUACCAUGCUGGUAUAGCGAUCCGUGCCAGGAGAGACGUACAUCACCGCUUUAUGCGAGAUGAAAUACAGUGUGUUGUGGCUACUGUGGCAUUUGGCAUGGGUAUCAAUAAACCAGACAUCCGUAAAGUUAUCCACUAUGGAGCUCCUAAAGAAAUGGAAUCCUACUAUCAAGAAAUUGGUCGAGCCGGUAGAGACGGUCUGCCUAGUAGCUGCCAUGUUCUGUGGGCUCCCACCGAUAUGAAGUUUAACAGGCACAUGCUUAGCGAGAUCAAAAAUGAAGGUUUUCGAGACUACAAAUUGAAAAUGUUAGCAAAGAUGGAAAAAUACCUUAAUUCAAGUAGUUGCAGGCGAAAGAUCAUCUUGUCCCAUUUUGAAGACAAACAACUCCGCAAGGUCUCUGUUGGUAUCAUGGGAACUGAAAAAUGUUGUGAUAACUGCAAGACCAGAUUAAGUCACAACAUUUCAAUUAUUGAUCAAGAAGACAGCCUCCAAGACUUUGGUCCUCAAGCCUUCCAGUUUUUGUCUGCAGUGGAAGCUUUGGGGGAAAAAUUUGGAACUGGCGUCCCUGUUUUAUUUCUCCGUGGUUCAACCUCACAAAGAUUGCCAGACAGAUAUCGCUGCCAUCUUCUCUUCGGUAAGGGAAAGGAUGUAUCCGAAGCAUUUUGGAAGGCUCUAGCAAGACAGCUGAUUAGUGAAGGAUUUCUCCAAGAGUUGUCUGGUCGAACCAAAUUUGCAACUACAUGUGGCCUUGCAUCUAAGGGAAGAAACUGGAUGAGUAAAGCCAAGACUCAGUCAUGUCCAAGUCUUAUGUUGACACCAAAUGAAGAGUUGUGUCCGCGAAGAUUUGUUCUGCCAAGUGUGCAUCCACGUUCUCCAAUGGUUAGGCAGCCAUUACCAGAUGUAGGAUUGAAGAGACCUGAAGCUGGCGUUCAGAAAGCCUCUUUGAAAGACAAGUUUUCAUAUCAAGAACCUGGAAAGCUUUCAAAGUCACCAGAACUGCCGUCAACCAGCAUGUUGAGACACAUUUCACCACGCAAACCUUCUAAACCGCCAGAACCAGCUGUGUCCCCAAGAGAAAUGCAGCUGCAGACUACACUGUAUGGCAAACUGGUUGCAGCCAGGCAAAAAAUUGCCAGUGAGAAGGAUAUCCCACCAGCCGUAUUGGCUACCAACAAAGUGCUUGUGGAUAUGGCUAAAAUUAGGCCAACUACAGUUGAAAAUAUGAAAAAACUUGAUGGGGUAUCAGAAGCAAAAGCUAAUAUGCUAGCACCCCUUGUGGAGGUUGUGAAAGAAUUCUGCCUCACCAACAGUUUGAAGGCAGAUUCGCUUAACAUUUCUGGUACAAAUUUACAAACCAAUGUGGCUGUUUCCAAAGGCUCAGCCUGCAUAGCCCUCCCAGAGUCGCCUCGUGUCACCUACUCCCUGUUUCAGGAACAGUGCUUGUCAAUGCAAACUAUUGCUGAUACCAGAAGCAUAAGCUUGACAGCUGUUGGCAUGCAUUUAUGGCAGGCACUGAAAGCUGGUUACCCCCUCGAUUUACAGCGAGCUGGCUUAACACCUGCUAUACAGAAGACUAUUACAGAGGUCAUUAAAGGGCCAACUAUCAACUCAGAUCUGUCAAGUUUUCAAGCCAUAAGGUCAUUAUUGGAUCCUGAAAUUGAUAUCUACCUAAUAAGGAUGGUGAUCACUCUGCUUGAAAAAGAGGAUAAGGUUGACCUGAAGAAGAAAACACUUGGCCUCCCCAAGGAACAACCACAAAGUCUACUUUUGCAAGCAAGGGACAAGCCACAGGAACAAGAGCACACACAGCUUACAACUACUAUGGACAAGAGUCAUCUUUGGAUUGAAAAAGAGGAACCAGCCAAAGAGAUCACAUCGAGUGUGCAGAAAGAUUGCACAUCUGUUGUGGCCCCGAUCAAGCUUGCCUCAUGGAAUCAGCAGGUGCUGGAUGAAGACACUGAGGAAUUAUUCUCAGACUCCCAGGUUCAGACACCAAAAAGAAAACUGCCUGAAUGGUUUGAAGCUCCAAAAGAAACGGCAAGGUCAUCUAAUAUCAAAAAAGCCAAAACUGUGAAGAAGAAAGGCCUUUUUGGAUGAAUACUUGAAUUAUUAUUUUUUAUGAUUCAAUACCGUUUCUCUAUUAAUCCUACUUGAAGUUAAUGCCAGCAGUCUGCAGUAAUGGUCCAUCUGAGUGUUCUCAAUUGUUUCCCUCCACCCUCUGACACUGGCAGCAUUGAUUGGAUAGGGGCAGGGUCACCCCCAUCCCUUAACUGGCAAUUCAUUCAUAAACUUCUAGUAGGAGUAAUAGAGGAAUGGCACAACAUUGAAAAUUAUAAGCUCAUUUUUUUGUAAUAUAAGGUAGAAGCCAUGUUGCAAAUUGGUCAUUUUCUUAUUAUGUAAAGACCAGUGUGCAUAAUUGUAGUGUGGGGCCAACAAUACUCUAAGGUGUAUGAGCGAAGCAUGACUGUCCCCCAGUGUCUACUGUGAGGAGUUACUAGGAAGGGUCAUAUUAGAUUUAACAUGCUUGAUCUUUUGUACCUCAGGGAUAUAAGUGGUACAAUAUAACAGCCACUUAUCACCCUUUUACCUAUGGCCACAAAAAACUUGUUCCUCCGAUCCAAGUUUACAUGAUGAUUUAGGAGUUAGGAGAAUAGUUAUCAGCAGAACAAAUAUUCUGUAAAUAUAUAAAUGUAAAAUAUAUGUCUAGCAUUUUUUCACCAAAAUAAUUACAAUAUGUUUUUUUAAUAUUUAAUUAGUUUUCUAGGAACUUGUUAAAUAAAGAAAAGUAACAGUAAAUCUUUUCAUGUAUAUAAAACACCAGAAUUUAUCACUACAGAGGCUACGGAUAAUUGUAUUACAUUUACAGGGUUUCAAGCACUAAGAAUGAAGUGCAAUGCUUAAAGGGGUUGUGUGAGUUAAACUUGGACAGCCCAUGUAAUUGGUCUAAAAUAACAAAAGAUUGGAUCCGCACCCUUUUUCUCCCCUGCUUAUUUCAGCACUGCGCUCUCAAGUCUUCCUUGUUCAUUACAUUAUCUUCCUGGCUGUUGCAGUGAUGUUACAUGCACACAGGUCACCAUGCUGCCAAUUACUGGCCUGAGAUAUCACCGCUGAGGCCAGCGAUUGGCUGCAGCAGGACCUGUAUGCUCAGUACAUCACCGCUGCAGUCAGGCAAACAAACAGCAGCGCGAAGGACCUGAGUGCAGUGCAGGAAGAAGGGCAGAAAAGUGGUUUUCUUGUGAUACAUUGUACUUCAUGACCGUGUUAAAUUUGAGUCAAUAUUUUUCACCUUUAUUAAACUAGCAGAAGG